AGUGGCAGCUUCUCAGCCGUUGAUCUCCCCAUUUAGUUACUAGUCGGCUAGUGUGGAUCGAACCUCGACAACAGCAACAACGGUUGCGUUGAGCCUGAGCGUUCACUUUGGUCGGUUUCUCGCUUCAGUUGACUAAGACGUUCCAUUUCAAAAGCAUCUCAACCGACAGAUGCCGUUUGGGAAAAUCUCGCGCGCGAUCAAAUUCCUCAACGUGCGGGAUCGUUAAUAGUGAAAUCCCUGUUAUUUAAUUAUAUAAUUUGUGAUAAUCAACACAGCAGACUAGUUCACUUAAGAGUAUUAUUUUUUCUUUGGGUGUGAUUAAAUUAGUGCUCAUGAGUGUGAUCCCAACAGUAAACAGCAAUUGAAUGACUAAAAGCAAGGAACCGAUGUACCUGGAUGUUACAAAUUAAGCGAGCGCCGCGUCGUAUCCGUUAGAUCAAGCGAACGAAGAUUUUUAAUUGGACCUCAAAUCAACAACGAGCGAAAGUUCAAACGGUGAUCCCCGGUCGGUUGGCAUUCUAAGAUGAACGGUUGCUGACAAAGAUUGUCGGCAGGCACGGGGAGCUGCAGUUUGCUAUGCCAUAGAAUCAUUUUCAAAGUCUACCAAACAGACGACGACGACGACAUCGGCGACGAAAGAUACCGAGCGAAAGAUUGACAACAGGUGAUGUCAACGUCAGAAGACGGGCGCAGUUAUUUAAUUAAAUCUCAGUACAACGCUAUCACGACGGGUUCGGCGAUAGAGCUAACCAUUGCGGCCAAAGAGCGCCAUGGCAUUUGUGACGAGGAACGGAGUGAUGAUGGGGUAAGCGAGAACGGGUGCCACAUUUUUGGUAGCGGCACGCGGAAUGAUGGACAGAAUAAGACUGUGAACGCACGUCGACGGUGGAAGCUAUUGGCUAAAGCACUACGGCAUGACUCUAGCGAGGAUGAUCAGUUUUCAAAGUUCAAUUUGAUUGAGUUCGAUAGAGCGUACGAUGAGAAGGAUGAUAACAUAUUCGUCUACAGAUUGGCCGACCGUUACAGAUUGAAAAUACGGCUGAUUGGAGAAAGACCUUGGACGGCUUCGGAGUUGAUCGGGUUCAACAAUACUGGCAACAUCUGUGUGUGGCCUUCGGAAGAGGCCUUAGCUUAUUUCAUUUUAUCUCGGUUAAGUAUUUUCGAAAAUACCAAUGUUUUGGAGCUAGGCGGCGGUAUGACGUGCUUAGCUGGACUUAUUUUAGCGAAAUAUGGUAAUCCAUCGUUUGUUCACGUUACUGACGGCAAUGAUUUAUCCGUGGAGAAUGUUAGAAAAUCUUUGAACAUGAAUAAGUUUAACUGUACGAUUAAGACUUCGGUCCUGAAAUGGGAAUCAGUGUAUCUCACCCAGUGCACAACUAACUCCGAUCAUGGACGGUACCAGUUCAUACUAUCGGCAGAUUGUUUGUUUUUUGAUGAAUCUCGUUCACACUUAAUCGAUGCCAUCUGGUUGUUUUUGGCUGAUGAGGGCGUAGCAUUAAUAACAGCUCCUCGCCGCGGGCAUACCCUGACACAUUUUCUCAAUGAAUGUGUCGCUCGUGGAUUCUACUACGAUUUACUGUACUCCUACAAUAAGGCCAUCUGGGAGAAACAUCAGGAGAUGAUCAAAACUGACGGCUACGACGAGAACAUUCACUAUCCGUUGUUGAUAAAAAUGUACAAAAAAGAUUACGAUUUACGCCAUGUCUAAUUGCGUCGGCAAUUGGGGCCAUUACUCGAACCCAGUGGCGUAGCCACGGGGGUGGUUUUGGGUAUAAAACCCCCCCCCAGAGACAACAUUUUUGGAAGAAAUUUUUUUUUUCAAAAAAAAAAUGUUCAGGAAACCCCCCCCAGACCAAUUUUUUGGCUACGCCACUGCUCGAACCCUCUAUGAAAGCCAAGCGCCAAGUGGGAAUCUCACUCACAACUCAAGCACCAUGGAUUUGAGGGAAAAUCUAAAACCAAACACACUUUUGCACCUUAACGGAUUAUUUUAGGUAGCGCAUUCUAGUCAAUUACGUACGAUAUCCUCGAGAAAUAAACCAAUGCGGUAGAAUAUUACGUUGAUUAUUGAUAGGUCUAUUUAGUAUUAGUGAUAAAGUUAUAUCUCGUGGCUACCACACAGAAGGGACGUGCUGACCCGAGUUAUAUGAGAUUAUAGUCCCAUUCAGACUGACCUUUCCCAUUGCUAUAUAAGUUUAGGAUUUAUCAUUCUUUUUAUCUAAUUGCAGGAUCGAUUCAGUUUUGUAAGAUAGUGAAAAACAUAAACUAUCAUUAAAAAAUAUCCAAAAAAAUUUCAGGUUGUUUCAAUAGCAGGCCCAGUUAAAUUUUAAAAGUUUUUUACAUUAUUUACAUUACUUUUAUAUAAUAUUUACAUUACUUUUAGCUGUAUGGUUUAUACCCAUUGCGUCGUACUAAUACAACUUUCCUAGAUGUAAAAUGGGGUAAACAUACAUGCAAAAUAUUAUCUGUUCAAGACUCUCGACCGUAAGGCGUAUUUUGUUUCUAUUUUCUUCCAAGCGUGUAUUUUUUUCUAUCAACAGUGUCAUCGUAGGAAUGCUUGCAGCUAAUGCAACCGACGUUGAUACAAAGAAGAAAUAAACAAUAACCUGCUGAAAAUGGCUGGGUUCGAUUCCCGGUCCAGUCUACGAAAUUUUCAGGUGGAAAUGGGAAGUGUCGUCCUCGAAUUCUUUUAGCAGAAAAAACGUAGAAAUACGCUCAAUAAAAAUAACUGGAGGUGCUUAAUAGCCUAUUCAUAGUACAACCUCUAUCAUUUGAUAAGAAGAAGUAGAUGCAAAGUGAUGAACUUUGUAAUUAACUUAAAAAUCAGUUAUUAAAGUUUCAAAUAAAAAAGUAGUAGAUCAAAGAACGUAACAGUUGAUAGUGUUUUUUUUCUUCUAGUAAGUGAAUUUUCUAAUUUUCUAUGCUUCUGAGAAUCUUGAAGAGGCUUACGGGUUUUCUUGAUCGAAGGCUUCCGAACCUCUUGAAAGGAGGCUUCCGAGCCUCUUGAAAGGAGGCUUCCGAGCCUCUUGAAAGGAGGCUUCCGAGCCUUUUGAGGGGGGACUUCCGAGCCUCUUGAAAGGAGGCUUCUGAGCCUCUUGAAAGAAGGCUUCCGAGCCUCUUGAAAGGAGGCUUCCGAGCCUCUUGAAAGGAGGCUUCCGAGCCUCUUGAAAGGCGGCUUCCGGGCCUCUUGAAAGGAGGCUUCUGAGCCUCUUGACAGGAGGCUUCUGAGCCUCUUGAAAGGAG